AUGGGCAACUCUCAAUCGAGUCAAGCCAAAGACGAAAUCCGCCGCUCCAACCGCCUUUCAAAGCCCCUGACGAAGAAGUUCGGUCAAAGCUCCCAACUACCCGAAACAGACCCUUUAACGUUCAGUUCAGGGCUGAUAGGGUGGCAAAACCCUUGGGUUGGCAAGAAUAUUGCCAGUUCCCCUAUAGAAAAACGGGGCAGUUACCCUAAGAAAGCAGAGAUCCCACCGACUCUUUUCGAAACGGACUCGUCCGAAGAGACCCCGACAGAGGACCGAGCCUUUGUAUAUGAUCAGAGUCCCACGCAGCGUCCAAUCCGCCCAAGCCUCUUGACUGCAAGCUCUUCGAGAAGAACAUCUUACCAGUCGGAAACUUGGGAAUCGGGUUCCCAGCCCUCGCCUCUUUAUGAACAGCCACCAAAGCGGGCCAGUUCGACUCGAAUUCCUCUACGGAGACACAAUAGCGCUGUCUAUGAAAACCAUAUUGGGGAUUCGACAUCUUCCAACACCCACUUCUUGGUUGGGAACCAACGGUUCUCAUUAACGCGUCGACGAUCGCUCCUAACGCGACCUGGGGUCGCCACAAGACGAACAGGCGCAGUUCGACGCGUCCCGUCACCCAUCGGGGAGCCUGAAUGCCCGAUUGAGGAUCCGACUGAGUCAACCGUUCUGCAAUGGCCAUUGCCUUCGAGCCAGCGACCGCUGCGUCUGCCUUCUCCAGUGCGGCCGAGAAGCCCAAUGGAGACCCAAUAUACUCAGCUCGGGGCACUUAAAUUAGGGUCUUUGCGAGUUGUAAAUGGCUCUGCCUCUCCAUGUUCGAGCGAACGCAUUCCUUUCAGUGGGCCAUGUGAUUCAGGCCCUGGGCUUGGUCUUGAGAACAUAGAACUCUCAGGGCCUAGCAGGGGAUCGACGCUGGAUAUUCCAUCCUUGCCCGAUUUGAAGAAAUCGGACGAUGUUCCGGGGAGCCCAUUCUCUUUCGAAAAGUCCCCCACUAUCACAGUCCAGCCUCGCGCAAAAUCUUUGUUUCCUGGAGAUCCAGAAGAUGAGGGAAUUGUGCUCUGCGAUGAUACAAGAAUCCAGUUGGAGAAAGGUGCUUUGGACACCGGUCUUGCUCGGAGCACAGCUCAAUCUCUCAACAAGUCCGACAGUGGCUACAGCUCUGCCACCUCAAUUCAUUCCAUACAGCGGAGCCGGACUCAGAGUUCUGCCACCUCACAGACGUCGAGCUCAUGUGGUACAGAUACCUCUAAGAACAUCUGUAUCCUGAACAGCUCGGCUUCAAGUCGACUAGGCGAUAAAUUACAGCGUCCCAUGAGCCUGCAGACAAACCCGGAGAACUACUCAAUGCUGUUACCAGUUGCUGCUCGCUGGUACGAUUCGAGUGACCCAGCUCUCCUUGCUCCAUCGCGAUCGCGUCGAUCAACGUUGUGUGCGCCCCGAUACACGGAAUAUUCCUGGCCGCGCGAAUCUCUCCUUGAAAUUAAGUCCACUGCCCAACAGGGCCUUACCAGAGGACCUUUCUAUGGAGAUCGAUUGUCCUUGGGCUCGUUUGACGUUGCAUCUACUGUGGGGUCUACCACUACUGGAGAAUCACAACUCAGUCACCAGCAGCCAAUCACUGAAACCAAGGAGCGACUCCGCAGGUCGACCUCUGAGUAUCAACUUCAUGAAGAGUACAAUACACAACGGCAAGUCUCACGAUCUAGAAGCCGACUGGGAAGUCGCAUCUGGAGCAUGAGACCAGGCGUCGACGCUCCUCCGCUGCCCACUAUCAUGUCCCCAGGCUACUUGCAGGAUGACCUUGAUCUUGAUGCUGAACUAGCUUCCUCUGAGCCGACGCGAGGCCGGACGAGAAGCCGAAGCAAUGACUAUCCCCGUCGUCGGUUGACGAAACCUCGUCCACAAACGGACCUGUGCAUAUAA